AUGAGAGCACCUAAUGUGUUUCUCCUAAUAAUAUUGAUCAUUAUUUUGAGACCAGUUUUCUUAACGAUCACUUUUUUGGAUUUGAUUGAAACGUGAGUUAUCGAAAAUUUUCCAAAAAUUUUUUUUUUCAAAAAUUCUUUCCCGCCCAAAUCAAAAUUUUGAUUUGGGCGGGAAUUGAAAAUUUCCAAAAAAGAAAUUUUUUUUCAAAAAUUCUUUUUUUUUCAAAGGAACAUAGAUGUGAAUGUGGACCCAUGUGAAGAUUUCUAUCGACAUGCUUGUUCAAAAAAUGAACAAGCAAAUCUUACAAUAAAUAAUUUAUUCGAAACAACGUAUGAAGUAGAAAUUGAUUAUUUGUAUCAUAAUUAUUCAUCUUACUUGAACUCAUUUCUCAAUUAUAAAACUAUGGAAAAUAUUUCAAGUUUAGAUUUAAUUGUAGAAGAUUUCAAAAACAGGUAUAUUUUUUUUGUUGAUUUUGCUCAUCUUAUAUGAUGUAUGUAACUAUAAUUAUAGCUGCGAAACAAGAAAUCAAACUACAAUGAUAUAUUUUUUGGAACAACUUCAAGAAGCUUUUCAAAUUCCGAGUUUUCACUUUAAAAAAUCCCGUUUGCAAUUUUUAAACUUGCAAUUUGAUGCUGAUUGUGAACGAUCUUCCAAAAUUUUGAGACAGAAAAUCAAAGAAGAGUGGAAACUUGUGAUUGAAGUUUUUUCGAAAUAUGUCAAAAAGUUACACGACAAUAUUCAUGCAAUCAGAUGGAUUGAACGGAAUAAUGAAACAGUCAAACUGUUGCUUGGAAUUGCUAUUAUAGUGAAACAGGAAAUAUUGAAACAGAUACCUGAAACAAAAUGGAUAAAUGCAAGUGGAACAGAAACUAUUAUCACAAAUAUUAUGAAUCAAGUCAACAUUUUCGAGGUGUCAAUUAGUGAAAUUGAUGAUCAUAUAAAUAAAUUAAACAUAGCGAUAGGUACUAUUUCAAGAUGUGCAUCGUGAGUUAUAUCAAUUUUUAGCCAAAGUAAUCGUUGUCUGGAAAAUUUGUGAUUAUUUUUCUUUAGUUAACGCCAAAAAACUAAUUAGCAAGGGAACCUUUUUUACUCAACACUUCAAAAGUAAAUCAAUAAAAAAUAUUUAUUCGAAAAAUUAUGAAGUUUUUUUAUUUUUCGGCUGAAAAUUCAUGAAAAUUCAUAUGUGCCCCUGCUCAUUCAUUUUUCCAAAAUCAAAAAUUUUUCCGAAAAUUUAUUUUAUUCGUUCAUUUUGGCUAAAUCGACUACCCUGAUCAACAUCCGCUACUCAGUUUUUCAUAAAAAUGAUCGAGAAUUGAGUUAUGACGUGUUUUAUGAGCCAAUUUUGGCAAUUUUUGAACUUUUGAGAGCCCAGAACUUGGCUCAGAGGUACAUUUGGAGACUAAUUUUUUUUCUUUUUUGCCAUGAAAAAUCAUCAAAAAAUUUAAAAAAAAAAUUUUUCUCGUUUUUUUAACAGUGUUAAAAAACAAAAAAAUACAUGUUUCCAUACCAAAAUUUCUGUUUGAAGACGGUCAUGUCUUCAAACGAAAAUUUUAUUUUUUUAAAUUUUUUCAACGAAAAUCAAAAUUUCGGUUUUUGUUGAAUUUUUUGAAAUUUCUGACAAAAAUACCCGCCCGAAUGAAAAUUUCGAUUUGAGCGGGUAGCUGACAAAAAUUCAAACAUUUUGAUUUUCGUGUAUACAGUCAACAAAAAAAGUAACAGAUUUGGAAUAAUCCAAAAAUGUAAAAAUGAAGUCGAUGAGUUGGGACCUAAAUGACACUUCCUCUCAGGCUUAGGCUUAGUAAAUCACCUAGAAGUAACAAUAAAGUCGGGAAAAUGUUCUGUCAAUUUUUCUGUUUUUAACAGUGUUAAAAAUUCUGAUUACCUUAGGCUUAGGCUUAGGCUUAGCUGAUUAAAUUAGCUGAUUGAUUGAUUUUUAGGGUGUUCUUAUGGCCCCUAAAGCUGUCUCUGGACGAAAUUUCAUCAAGAUUUGAAGUGUUGAGUAAAAAAGGUUCCCUUGUAAAUUAAAUUACUCUAUUCACGGUACAAAACUUGUUUUUUUUUUCAACCAGAGAAUACAAAUUCGCCUCACUCAAAUUUUUGUGUUAUUUGAAAAUCGAAACUGAUGCAAAAAUCGAUUUGAGUAAAAUGAAUGCUUACAAUAUACAUCCACAUAUUUUUUAUCUAAAUGGACUUUUGAUAAAAACAAGAACUGAAGAAAAUGAUGGUUUUUUGGUUGGUUGUAAAAUUUAAUGUUUUUUUUUUUCAAUCUUUUUUUUCAAGAUUGGUGGCUCAGCUUGGGUGGUGGCUCACGAAAUUGCACAUUCUAUCAUCAAACACAAUGUUGAUUUUCCAUUCAUUCCAUACUUUCCAAAAGAUUUGAAAACUUGUGUUCAAAAUCAAUUCGAAUCGACUUGCAGAUAUUUCAAAGAAGUAUGUAAAUUUUUUUUAUUUUUUGAAAAUAUUAAAAAAAACACCAAUUUCAAUUCAGGAUAGCUGUGAAACAAGAGAUGAACAAUUUGAAGAAAAUGGAUCUGAUAUAUUUGCAACACAUUUGGCAUUUGAUGUCUUCAGAUUUUAUGCAGAAGAAAUUUAUGAUGUUAGUUUAUGAUUUGGGGGGCUUUUUAGGCUUUAGGCCCAGAGAUUUUCAAUGAGACAUAUAUUGUUUUGGCCAGUUUUUCACGCUGAGAAUUGCCCUGUUUUCAGUUUUUGCUGAACAACUCUUUAAUGAGCCGAAAAAGGAGCCAAAAGUUGAGAAAAUUGCGUUUUUGAGAGCCCAUUACUCAUGUUAGAGAUGAUUUUAUCAAAAACAAAGUACAGGGUGAUCUUCAGGAGAGAUGAUUUACCAAAGUCAAAAAUUCUGAAUGUCAGACAUAUUUCAGGAAAUCAUGGAAGGUUCGAGAUACAAAUUAACACACGGUCAAUCGUUUUUCUAUUCACUGGCUAGCCAGUUUUGUUCAGUUGAGUCAAUUCCUUUUGUUUUUUAUAUGAUACUUUUUUUUCCAGAGAGCUAAUAGUGCUUCUUCCUCUGAAUCCACACAUCACGCUUUUAAUGCAAGAGUAAAUGCAGCGAGUGCUCAAAUUCCAGAGUUCCAGCAAUUUUUUGGUUGUCAUCCUGGUACUAAAAUGAUGAAGUCUAGAACUGUAAGUUUAACAUAAAUUUUAAAAUUUUGAAACUUUUUUUUGCAGGAGCAGUGUCAUAUUAUUGGAAAGAAAUCAAAGUAUUAUUAA